CGGCCGCCUCCCCGCCCAGCCCGCCCCUCGGGCCGCCCGCAGGCGGGAGCGCGGCGCCGCCCCCGCAGCCAAGAUGGCGUGGCGGGCGCUGCGGCGGGUCGGGCCGGUGCUGGGGCCGCGCUGCCCGCGCCUUUCGCCGCCGCGGGUGCCCGCGGCCCGGAGGUUGGGCACCAGCUCGCUGGUGCUGUCCGCCCGCAAAUUCACAGACAAGCAUGAAUGGGUAUCUGUUGAGAAGGGCAUUGGAACAGUAGGAAUCAGCAAUUUUGCACAGGAAGCAUUAGGAGAUGUUGUUUACUGUAGUCUUCCAGAAGUCGGGACAAAAUUGAGUAAACAUGAUGAGUUUGGAGCUUUGGAGAGUGUGAAAGCUGCUAGUGAACUCUACUCGCCUCUCUCAGGAGAAGUGACUGAGAUUAAUGCUGCACUUGCAGAUAAUCCAGGACUUGUCAAUAAAUCUUGUUAUCAAGAUGGCUGGCUUAUCAAGAUGACUGUGGAAAAACCUGCUGAACUUGAUGAACUGAUGAGUGAAGAUGCCUAUGAGAAAUACAUAAAAUCCAUUGAGGACUGAGCUGGAAUAAUGAAAUAAAUCCGUAUAAAAUAUUUCAGUUUAGUUUGUCUUCCGUUGGUGAAGUACAGAAUAUCCAGUUUUGGCAACCUGAAAAAUACCACUUCUGAUCACACAUAAAAGGCCAUAACUAAUUGCAGUGAUAAAGAUGUUUAACAUCUGCAUACCUGUGAGGGUCUUUCAUGCUGUUGUCUGAUUUAUGUAGCUUCAAGAUGUUACUAUAUGUUGGGAAACAAAACCUAUUUGCCAAAAUAUACACUUCCCAAGAUUCAUUUGACAAUCAAAUUUAGUAAUAACAGCCUUAAUAUGGUAAUUCUGUAGUAGGCACAUGACUCUUCUUGUAACCUGGACUACAGCUUUCCCUGAAAUACUUUUCUAUUGAAAAAGUGUCUCUCUAACCUCCUAAUAUUUUUCCUAAUUAUAGUUGCAAAGAUUAUAUAAAAACGUGAGAAACCGAA